AUGGUGGGUAUAGGUAAGAAGCAACAUGUUGUUAGUGGUUUUUUUCGUCGUAAAGAGUUUGGCCAAAAUGUACACAACUCUUGGGAAUUUCCAUUUCUUGAUCUUCCCAACAGAGAUAUUUAUCAAAAGGAUGUCAAAGGUCAUUACGGUUGUGUAAAUGCUAUUGAGGCAUCAACGGAUGAAAAUUUUUUAGCUAGCGGUGGCGAUGAUAGACGUGUGUUAAUGUGGAAACUUAAUGAUGUACAGGUAAUGGAGAAACCGAAGCCUGUGGCUGUUAUGAGACAAAUGCAUUAUUCAAAUAUAUUUUCUGUUGGAUUUUCUAACAAAUGUGAUAGACUGUAUUCAGCUGGAAAUGACUCAUUUUUAUAUGUUCAUGAUAUUGCAACGACCAGUGUAUUGCAUCGUUUUAAAGCUGAUGAGCCUAUUUAUAAUGUGGCCGUAAAUCCCAAGGAUGAUUCAGUGAUUAUGUCUGCCUCAGAAGAUGGAAAAGUUCGUUUAUAUGAUUUGCGAGGAGGUGAAGAAUCGCUUGCUGUUGAAAGUUCAGGAACCAUGUAUUGUGCGCAGUUCAAUCCUCGACAAGUCCAUAUCAUAUCAGUCUGUAAUGGACGUGAUGGCCUAUCAUUACAUGACAUCCGGAAACUUGACAGCCCUUGUUUCCAGUUUGAUCAGUUGACUAGAGCACGCGUAAAUUUAAAUAUUAGUUCUGUUAUGUAUGGCCAGUGGAGUGAGGAUGGGGAAGCUAUUUUUGCUACACGUAGCCGUACGUCACCCAUAUUGUACGACUUAAAUGGUGGCGGCAGUGUGGAAUUCAACGAUCAGAAUUACCUAAAUUCCUGUACAGUUAAAUCAUGUUCAUUUAUAAGUCGUGAUUUGGUAAUGACUGGUUCUGACGAUUGGAAUAUAUAUAUCUGGAAAGUGCCUGAAGACAGGGAAACUGUUGGACAAAUUGUAGACAAAGCCUACCGGGUUUUAGAAGGUCACAGGUCGAUUGUCAAUCAUGCACGUUACAGUUCUCUCAACAGGCUUUUGUUCUCAUCGGGAGUUGAAAAAAUUAUCAAAUUAUGGAGUGCAUGGAAUUUGAAUGGUUUCUAUUUGGAGCCGAAAAGACGAAGCGUAAUACCAAGUACGGAUUAUUCUGAUCCAGGGAAUGGUGAUAGUGUCGAUGAGGAUAUCAAUAUGCUUGCAUUUUUCGAUCUCCUCACUACUAGUGGUGUUGAUGAAGAGGGACCAGAAGAUGGCUUUCACGACUUAUCGGAAAACGAUGCUAGCAAUGAUCGAAUGGUAUUAGCAGGAAGGUCAAUACAGAAUGCUCAGGAUCAUGAUGACGAUGAGAAUGAAAGUGGUCAGGACGAUGAUAAUGCAGAUGGCGAUGCAGGGUUACAGCACGUAGAAGAUAGAUUAAUUUUAGCGCGUUUCAGGAGAAGAGCUGAGGGAGUAGUAUAUGUAGUAUCAUCUCCAGAAAUGUCAGAGCCGGAAUUGUUGCCGGAAGAAGGAUCAUCAGAAAAUGACAGUUCUCAGCGAGUUACUAAUCGUAGGUUUAAUUCAGCCUUUUUGUUUUUGUUAUAA